ACAACUACACCUUAAAGUUUGACCGACUUGGAAGUCAGUGCUGCAAAUCCAUGCACGAAUAAGUGGAAAGAAAACUGAAGUGGAAAAAAACCUUUUUAAUUUGAUAUGACUUAAAAGCGUGAUUUCAUUGUGUUAUUUUUGGAAUUUUAUUAUUACAUUUGUAUUAUGGAAAGCACAGCCUUUACAAACUGUGUCCAAUGUCACAAUGAGUUCGACGAGAGCAGGCGGCAUCCUCACGUGUUGUCGUGCCUGCAUACCUGCUGUUCUUCAUGUCUAGAAAGAAUCGUUUCCGGAAAGAACAUCUCCUGCUCGGAGUGUCACUCACAAACUGAAAUUUCUAGCGAGCCUUGCAAGGAACUACCUCUUGACACCGCCUGUCGAAAUUAUUUGGAUUUUGUUCGCGUACAACGGAAGCCAUCAGAAGUCCAAUGCACCGACUGCCCCGACCAAUCGGCAGCAUCGUCGUUUUGUAAGGAGUGUUUUAAUUUCAUGUGCCCUGAAUGCACGUUGGCUCACAAGAGAACGGCGAUUACUCGCAAACAUACAGUUGUGACUGUCAGUGAAUUAAGAGAAUCUGGACUCCAUGAAUUUCAUCGAAGAGACACAUGUAACAAACCCGGACAUGAGGAGCAAGUCUUCACGUUCUACUGCGACAGAAGAGGUUGUGAUAUUCCAAUAUGCACGCUCUGUGCCGUCUGCGAUCACAAUCAGACCAAUGGUCAUCUUAUCCGCAACUUGAGCGAUGUUUAUGAAGAUUCCAAAACCGUUGUGCAGAGCGUUAUUCGUGAGAUCAACGCUCGCGGCACACCAAUGUCGGAGGCUGUGGACCAACUAGAACGCGUCGUGGACGAGUUAGCAUCAACUGAAAGCGACAUUAGCCAGGAGAUAGACACCAUAUUUGACAAAUACCAGAAAAUUCUCAAUGAACGGAGAUACCAGUUGCAGAUGGAAGUUCAGAACCACUGCCAAGUGAAAAAGAGAGACCUACAGGAGAAAGUAAAGACACUGAAGUCAUAUACCACGGACGUUAAAACUGCCACAGAUUUCACCAAUCGAGUCCUGCUUUAUACCACAGCAACGGAGUUUCUCAACUUAAAAAACGUCAUACUGAGACGUAUUCUAGAGCUGAAAAAUGUAAACGUAUCUAUUCCUGCAAAGGAUGAUGUGGCACUGAGAUUUUUGCGAGGUGUCAGUGAUGAUUCCUUCUUACAGUUGAUUAAUGGUAUUGGCAAUUUGUCCUCCAGAGAAAGCCCAGUUCCACAGAGCGCUCUACAUAACGGGCAUACAGACUCCUCCAUAAAAACAGGCCGUUCUGAGUAUGUUUCUCCAAUAAACCAAGAAAUUUCCCGCUCACCCAGUGGGGGAUCCCCUAAUGAAGCUUCCAGAAACGCCAAUCUUGCCAUGCCGACAACUCACCAGUCUCCAGUGCGCAACAAUGAUUUGACACCCGUUCGUCAGCUGAGUGUACAAACAGCGCCAACACUGACUAGAGAACCAGUACAGAGACAAUUCAGUCUCCCAGCGCAAGAUAAAAAACAUCAAAGCACAGUCGCCAUGAUAAACGGUUUACCCAAAAACUCCGCAGAAGAAAAAAGUUCCUUUUUUAAUAGAGCUAAAACACCAGAUGAACACGUGACAGCUGACGUCACUGAAAAGAAACCACGCCCUACCCCAUUAAAAUUGGAUCCAUCACCCCAACCUUUAGGUUUGGGUGACUUUUUGCGGAAUCUAGAAAUGAGGGGAGAGUUACCAAUGAAGAAAUCCGAAAAGACGGUACAAGCCACCCGAGAGUCUUUUCAACAGCUGAGUCCAGAUCGCCCCUUUCAGCCGGUCACCUCCCCUAUAUCUCCCAAGACACCCACAUCAAUGGCUCCUGAACUAAAGAAUCUUCCUGGUGUCAUAUAUGGCGACGUUGUUUGUCCAGAAUUCACAUUCGACGUACUGACCAUUCACAAUGAACGCGAGGUCUCCCUGGACGGCAAAGUCUUAAGGAACAGAAAGACGGGCAAACCAAGCAGUUCUGUCACCGCCGAGAAACAGCUCCAAAACUACAAAGGAAUCAUUGGAAAUUUUGCUUUCAAAGAGCUCGGCAAGUAUUACUACGAAGUGGACGUGUCCUUCACAAUCUACCAGCCUUUAGAACAAACUUGGCUGGUUUAUGAGUUGGGUAUUUGUCGGAAAGACAUAAUUGACACUCACCAUACGGUGGAACGUCAUGAUCAUGCGCGAUCAUGCUACGUCGCGAGAUACCCGGAAGACGGUAAGUUGGCUCAUGAAUUCUGGCACAAUCGUGACCUUCUGACCUACGUACCACUGUCAGAUAACGCUGCAGGUAUUACUGUGGAACUGACCUAUGGUUUACUGAUCGAUACUAGACGAAGGAAGUGGACAGUUGCAGACGUUGUGAAACAAAAGAAACUGCACACCUUCACAGGAAUCGACUUCACAGAUGCGCUCUAUCCGGUGUUUGGUACAUAUAACCCUGAUCUUGUAAGCGUAGAGAUGACUCUACGCACUGGGUCAGAAAUUUCUGCUUUCCCUCCUUUUUUGAAAGGAUUCUAAGUUACAGAUAGUAAAAGCUCUUGAAAUAGAGAAUCCACAAGUUAGAUGAAUCAUGUGCAGGACUCGAAUUCUUAGGGAAUGUUUUGUACAUGAAGCUAGAUAUUCAUGUAAUGUCUAUUUAUAUACACUUUAUUGUAUAGUGCUUUUUAGAACAUUAAGAGUGUGGAAGUUACGUGCAAGAAAUGAUGUACAUGUGUGUACAUAAAGCAAAUCCUUACAAUCUGCAGUUAAUAAUUGUCAGGCCAACACUUAAUUCUUGAACCGAUCGUUCGACUCCAUGGCAUUUCCACCCCUCGGAUGUUCUUGAGUGCUGGUAUGAAUUUGUUUUCAAUAUUGUGAUGUUGAAGAGUUCUUUUUUUAUAAAGAUCUGUAUUAUCAGAUAAUCUUUUAAUAUGAUUAUGUGAUAUCAUAUACACACCAACUACAGAAGACUGAGAUGAGAAUUUUAGGAAGACAAAAGAUUUAAACAUUGAUUAUGAAUUGUAUAUUUAAGGUGUAACAUACAAUAAAUCAACAACUGAG